CCCACUAAGGAAGCCAUCAACGAGGAAGCGAAUCGGCAAGACUUGGGAGGGAGACUUCGCUCCUCUCUCUCUCUCUCUCUUUCUCUUUCAACUUCUCUCUGUCUAUACUCUCUCUCUCUCUCUCUCUCUCUCUGUCCGUUAAGUUCAUUUGAAGUGCUUGCAUUAUGUUUAGGCAUGCUCCAAAGAGAAGUGAUAAUACCAAGUAUUAUGAGAUUCUUGGUGUUUCAAAAAGUGCAAGUCAAGAUGAACUCAAGAAGGCAUACAAAAAAGCUGCUAUGAAGAACCAUCCUGACAAAGGUGGAGAUCCCGAGAAGUUCAAGGAGUUGGCUCAAGCUUAUGAUGUUCUUAAUGAUCCAGAGAAAAGAGAAAUUUAUGAUCAAUAUGGUGAAGAUGCCCUUAAAGAGGGAAUGGGUGGUGGUGAUGCUUCCAAUACUCCAUUUGAUAUAUUUGAGCAACUUUUUGGUGGAGCUUUUGGUGGAGGUAGUUCUUCAAGAAGCAGAAAGAAGCGGGGUGAAGAUGUAGUGCAUAGUCUGCAGGUUUCAUUGGAGGACUUGUACAAUGGCGCAACUAAGAAACACUCUGUUUCAAGGAAUAUCUUGUGCCAAAAGUGCAAAGGGAAAGGAUCAAAGAGUGGUACAUCUGGAAGAUGUUAUGAGUGUCGUGGCUCAGGAAUGAAGAUCUCAAUACGACAGAUUGGACCAGGCAUGUUUCAACAGAUGCAGCAUGUCUGCCCUGAUUGCAGGGGAUCAGGUGAGAGCAUCAGUGAAGGAGAUAGAUGCCCACAGUGCAAAGGUUCAAAGGUUACCCGGGAAAUGAAAGUGCUGGAGGUGCAUGUUGAGAAAGGGAUGCAGGAUGGCCGCAAGAUUGUGUUCAAAAGAGAGGCUGAUGAAGCUCCUGAUUCGAUUCCAGGGGACGUCAUUUUUGUAUUGGAUCAAAAGGAGCAUCCGAAGUUCACUCGAAAAUUUGAUGAUCUCUAUGUCGAACACACCCUCAGUUUGACAGAAGCUCUUUGCGGGUUCCAGUUUGCACUUCCACAUCUUGAUGGCAGAGGGCUCCUAAUCAAAUCCAAUCCUGGGGAGGUCAUCAAGCCUGGUCAGUACAAGGCAAUCAACGAUGAGGGGAUGCCACAGCACGCGAGGUCAUUCAUGAAGGGCAAGCUUGUCAUCCACUUCAACGUUGAUUUCCCUGAAUCCGGAUUUCUGUCCCCUGACAAGUGUCAGUCAUUAGAGGCAAUUCUACCACAUAGGUCAUCGGCUAUGUCCCUGGAUGAUGAGUACGAGGAAACCACCUUGCAUGAUGUCGACAUGGAGGAAGAGGUGAGGCAGAGGGAGCGACGACGAAGAAGGGAGGCUUAUGAUGACGGUGACGAAGAUGACGAUCCAAGCAUGCCCCGGAUGGCGUGUAGCCAGCAAUGAGGCCUUUUUUUCUUUUUUUUGAAAUCGGAUCUUGGGCCUCCACGACAUUUAUAUUGCUUAUAACCUGCUAUUGAUUUUAGACUACAACAUAUGUGUUAUGUUUUAAGACAAUUGACAUUGAGUUGCAUAUUUGAUCAAGUGACAAUUUUCUGCAAAA